CCUGUUUUUGCUCCUGGAGUAGCAACGUGGGUUCAGCACAGCUCGCCGGUGUGUAGCAGCAGGAUCAGUGUUAUGCUCACGUUCUACAAUGCAGGUUUCCAGCGUGAAUGAUGUGAAAAUUUACAAUUUAAGCUACGGGAAGUCUCUUCCAGAGUGGCUGUCAGACAGGAAGAAAAGACAGUUGCAAAAGAAAGAUGUCGAAAUUCAGCGCAGGAUUGAACUCAUCCAGGACUUUGAGAUGCCCACAGUGUGCACCUCCAUCAAAGUGUCCCGGGAUGGUCAGUUCAUCCUGGCAGCAGGCACUUACAAACCAAGGAUUCGCUGCUAUGACACCUACCAGCUGUCCCUGAAGUUUGAGCGCUGUCUAGAUUCAGAUGUCGUGGCCUUUGACAUCCUGUCUGACGACUACUCCAAGUUGGUGUUUCUGCACUGUGACCGCUAUGUAGAGUUUCACUCUCAACAUGGACACUACUACAAGACUCGUAUUCCCAAGUUUGGCCGGGACUUUUCCUACCACUAUCCCUCCUGUGAUCUCUACUUUGUGGGGGCGAGUUCAGAGGUUUUCAGACUGAACUUGGAGCAGGGACGUUUCCUUAACUCUCUUCAGACUGAUGCUGUGGAGAACAACGUGUGCGAUAUCAACCCCAUCCACCAUUUGUUUGCCACAGGAUCCUCUGAGGGACGGGUCGAGUGCUGGGAUCCCAGAGUCCGUAACCGUGUGGGCAAGCUGGACUGCGCCCUGAGCAGCCUCGCCGAAGGAACAGAAGUUCAAGCUCUGCCGUCCAUCAGUGCGCUGAAGUUUAACAGCUCCCUCACCAUGGCGGUCGGCACCAGCACUGGUCAGGUGCUGCUGUAUGACCUGCGCUCCAGUCAGCCGCUUCUAGUCAAAGAUCACUUGUACAACCUGCCAAUCAACUCCCUCAACUUCCACAAUCAGCUGGACUUGGUUGUGUCUUCCGACUCCAAGAUCAUAAAAAUCUGGAACAAAGACACUGGGAAGUUGUUCUCCUCCGUACAGCCUCAGACCAACAUCAACAGUGUUUGCGUCUACCCAAAUUCAGGUAUGCUCUUCACUGCCAAUGAAGAUCCCAAGAUGAACACAUUCUACAUCCCAGCUCUGGGCCCAGCACCUCGAUGGUGCUCCUUCCUAGACAACCUAACAGAGGAGCUGGAGGAGAGCCCGGAGAGCACGGUGUAUGAUGACUACAAGUUUGUCACCCGGAAGGACCUGGAAAAUCUGGGUUUGUCUCACCUGAUCGGAUCAUCCCUCCUGAGAGCCUACAUGCACGGUUUCUUCAUGGACAUAAGACUUUAUCACAAGGUUAAAAGUAUGGUCAAUCCUUUUGCGUACGAGGAGUAUCGCAAGGAUAAGAUUCGCCAGAAGAUCGAGGAGGCCAGAACACAGAGAGUUCAGGUUAAGAAACUGCCGAAGGUGAACAAGGAGUUGGCUCUUAAACUGAUGGAGGAGGGUGAUGACGAAGCAGAGGUGGUUUCCAGGAAAAAGAAGGGCAAGGCUCUCCCCAGCAUCCUGGGAGACGACCGUUUCAAGGUGAUGUUCGAAAACCCAGACUACCAGGUGGAUGAGCAGAGCGAGGAGUUCCGCCUGCUCAACCCCAUCGUCUCCAAAGUCGGCCAGAAAAGGAAGAAGAAGCUGCGGCUGAUAGCUCAGCAGGCUGCCGUUUCCGAGCAGGUGCCUGAAGAUAACGACGAGGAGCCAGAGGGGCGAGCCAGCUCCGAGGAGGAGAGCUCUGACGACGACAAAAGCUGGGUGGAGGAGGUGAGGGAGCAGCGGAGGUUGCUUCGGCAGGAGGACAGAGACCGCCGGCGGCAGGAGAGGAAGGACGCAGACCGCAACACUGUCCUUGUGGAGAGGGAGCAGAACGGAGGAGAGGAAUCAUCAAAUGUGGCUGAGAGCAAGAAGACGAGUCAGCCGCAGUUUUAUCAGAUCAAAGCCGGCGAGGAGUUCAGAAGUUUUAAUGACAUGGCCCGCAAGCAGAAACUACAGAAGACUUCUCUGGAGGAGCGGCUGAAGUUAGAGGAGCACUCCGAAACCAGCAGCAUGGCUGACACCGCAGUGGGCAGCAAACAGCUGACCUUCACUCUCAAAAAGUCGGAGCAGCAGAAAAAGCAGCAGCAAGCGGAGCGAGAGCACCACGAAGAGAGGAAGAAGCUAAGACGCUCCGCCGGACACUUGAGCAGCAGCAGAGGCCGCGGGAGAGGCUGGGGCGGCAGAGGACGAGGCCGCCACUGACUGACGCCUAACUGGCAGAAACCGUGCCCUGAAGUCAGAGUUGAAUAGUUUGUUCCAUUAACUCAGCUCUGGCAGUCGUCUUCAAGAGUAGAAGUAUUGUACUGACUUUAAGCUUUUAAUCAGUGGUGGGAAGGCUGGAGACGUGCUGCAGAGACUGGUACUGCUGCACAGACGAGUCCGUCCCUCUCCUGGGUGGUCUGGGUCAUGUGUUUACCUGCUCUCUGCUAAUUCAGAGCAUAUUAAAAAAAGAGAGAUUACCCAUGUAUGAAUAUAAUGCCAGGCCAUUAUCCAUAAGUACCCUGACUGCAUAUAUUUUAGCAGGAGGGCCCAGGAGGAAUUAAACACACAGAGCUGAGAGGACUUGACAUGAGCUGCUUUCUGUGGCGUCUAGUUUCUUAAAGUGGCUCCUCGGUGGAGCCUUUUUCAGUUAAAGAAGAGAGGAAUGUGUAGAAUGAAAAUGUAAUUGUUUUUUUAUUAAUGCAGAAACAUUGUUAAGCCAACGCUGGAUUAACAACAUUUAUAUUAUAUUAUAUUAUAUUUGGUACAUUUUCCUGUCUCCAUUGUUUUUACUGUUGAAAAUCCAAAUAUAAAAUAAUCUGCCACAAAA